AUGGACAUUUGCUUUGUCCACGGGUUGACUGGGACACUCCUACCACCUAAGCUCCGCAAGGCUCGCAUACUCACGUACGGCUACGACGCCUAUGUCGUGCAUAAAUCGGUCGCAUCGACAAACGGGCUGAUCUUUGUCGCCCAUAGCCUGGGUGGCCUCGUCUGCAAGGACGCCAUUCUCCUUUCCCGAAACAACCCUGAACCACAUCUGCGAGGCAUAUUCGACUGCAUCGAAGGCAUUGUAUUCAUGGGCACCCCUCACAGGGGAUCCUGGAUGGCCGACUGGGCCAAGAUACCGGCUUCGGCUCUUGGGAUCCUGAAGUCCACCAACAAGUCGCUGUUAAAGAUCCUGGAGACAGAUGACAACUACCUCCAGUCCGCUCAAGAUCGGUUCUGGUCCUUGAUACGCGAGCAGCAGAGGGCCGGUCGGGAUCUCGAGAUUACAUGCUUCUUCGAAGAACUGCCUUUGCCUGUGGUCGGAAAAGUCGUCUCGAAGGAUUCGGCCACGCUAGAAGGUUACAAUGCGAUCAGCAUCUACGCCAACCACGGCAGCAUGGUCUAG